AAUUAUUUGUCAAAUUGAUUUUUGAUUAUACUAUUCUCUCUCACUCUUUCUCUCGCGCACGCACGCAGCACAUCUCACCGUACACGCCAUGUCAAUAUAUACUCCUGACCGUAUGUUAUUGAAUCCCACUCUUGUCCUCACCACCAUUUCAGAGUUUCGCUCCUCACCACCUCCAAAACGUUCUUCUUCUAUUCUUUGCUUGUCUUCUCGCUCAGAUAUGGAUGCCAACGAAGGUCAAAGUAUCUACCCAUUGCAUCGUUGUAAAACUCUUCACCUGGUUAGACAUGCACAAGGGAUUCACAAUGUAGCAGGAGAAAAAAACCACGAAGCAUACUUGUCUUAUGAUUAUUUUGAUGCACAGCUAACCCCUCUUGGCUGGAAGCAGGUUGAUAAUCUGCGGGCGCAUGUUCAAGCAUGUGGUCUUUCCAAGAAAAUUGAAUUAGUGAUUUCUUCCCCCUUGUUAAGGACCAUGCAAACAGCAGCAGGAGUCUUUGGUGGUGAAGCAUACACUGACGGGAUUGAUGCACCUCCUCUGAUGAAGGAUAAUGUGGGACACAGUGGACGUGCUGCAAUUUCUAGUCUGAAUUCCCCUCCAUUUAUAGCAGUUGAGCUUUGCCGGGAGCAUUUGGGAGUUCAUCCUUGUGAUAAGAGAAGAAGUAUUCAUGAGUACCGGGAUAUGUUUCCUGCAAUUAACUUUUCACUGAUAGAAAGUGACGAGGACAUUUUGUGGACACCUGACAGUAGAGAGGAGAAUGCUGAAGUUGCUGCUAGAGGACUAAAGCUUUUGAAAUGGUUAUGGACUCGUAAAGAGAAGGAGAUAGCUAUUGUUUCUCACAGUGGUUUUCUAUUUCAUGCCCUAAGCGCUUUUGGAAAUGACUGCCAUCCAACUGUGAAGAGCGAACUAUGCAAACAUUUUGCUAAUUGCGAGCUGCGUUCAGUGAUUAUCGUUGACAGAGGUUUGAUUGGAUCAGACGAGUCAAGUACAAACUAUCCUGGCAAGAUUCCUCAUGGCCUUGACCUUCCCAGUGAUGUAGCUGACGAGAAAAAUCAAGGGAAUGGACCGGCCCAUUAAUUUUUCUGAAUGGCAACGUGCCAACAUACAUAAUUUAAUUUACUUCUGAUACCUAAUGCAUUAAUUACGUUUAUAGGAAAAAUGUCUAGGAAAUUGGAAAUCUAGGUGCCAAAAUUUAAAGAUAACGGAUGGGGAUUGAUUCAGAAACAUCAACUCCAAGAUUGUCUUUUUAUAAGAUGGUUACAAUCUUUAUGCGUUAAGAAUAAAUAUGCUGGACUAUACAUUCACAAUAAAAUGCAUGGCUUUUAUUUAUUUA